AAAAAAUAACCUCCUGUACGGUAAAUUGGUCGUCCUUAUCAAACAUGAAGGUGAAAACCCUCUUUCACGUGGCUGAAAUCAGAGUAAAUAAAUAGAAACAUACACGCAUUAUUAUUCACAGUUUCACUUUCAUCAUUCAUCAUUAUGGUGUUGAUGGCUGCAUGCUGCAGGACACCACUCUCUCUCUCCACCAAGCUGUACAAUAACAAACCUCCAUCACUUUCUCUCCCACUCAAACCCUCCCCAAUCUUAUUUCUUAGGUCACACUCAUCUCCAUUUCUACACAGCAAAUCACACUUUCUCAAACACAACAGCCUCUCCGCUCACGCUCCUGUAAUUAGGGCUAGUAAUGAUGCCUUCUGUUCCUCUGAGACCGAUAAGUUGUCGUCCGAUGUACGGAACCGGAUUUUGGACGCCGUCGAUUUGUGUGGCCGGAAAGUCACCGUCGGUGACGUUGCUGGAAAGACCGGGAUCAAGGUGGAUGAAGCUCAGAAAGCGUUGCAGGCUGUUGCUGCUGACUCUGAUGGCUACUUGGAUGUUUCAGAUGAAGGUGAUGUUCUUUAUGUUUUUCCCGAGGACUAUCGCUUGAAGCUUGCAGCCAAGUCAGUUAGGAUAAGAUAUGAACCUCUAGUUGAAAAAACUAAGUCUGCAGCUGAUCGUGCAGUACGGUUUGCCUUCGGAGCAACAUUGAUUGUUUCAAUUGUUCUUGUUGCUGCUGCAAUUGUUGUUAUACUCGCAAGUAAAAGUGAUGAUGAUGGCAAAAAGAGUAAAAGUAAAUCAAGCAGCAGUAACCUGUUUUUUCUUGAUUCAUCACCUAAUACCUUUAGGUGGUUGGAUGCACUUGAACCGCAAGCUGAUAGCAAUGGAAUGAACUUUGCAGAAGCUGUUUACUCCUUUGUAUUUGGUGAUGGUGAUCCUAAUCAGGAUUUUGAAGAAAAGAGGUGGAAAUUGAUUGGACAAUACAUAGCAUCAGUUGGAGGUGUUACUACAGCAGAAGAGCUUGCCCCGUAUUUAGACGUAACGACCAAAGCGGAGAAGAACGAUGAGGGAUAUAUCUUACCUGUUCUUAUUCGAUUUGAUGGCCAACCAGAAGUAGAUGAAGAGGGAAGUAUUCUUUAUCAGUUUCCAUCACUGCAACGAACUGCCUCUGCAGGCAGGAGAGGAAAAGGUCUUACUAAGGGCACUGACAAGGUUGUGCAAAAUGAGAAGUUUAUGAGGGAGAAUUACUGGAAUUUCAGUAAUACCACUACGCACCAGAAGGUAAUGGUCGUGGGCUUGGGUGUCCUUAAUAACCUUGGUGUAUUUAUUCUUGGGGCCCUCUUGAGAGAUAAGGAAGUUGUCAAGAUCGGAUACAUCAGAUUUGUGUCCUACAUAUAUCCUUUACUUCAGAUCUAUGCUGUAUCCUAUUUUGUAAUUCCUUUCUUCCGAGUUAUCUUCAUUCUCAAGAUAAACGCUGACAUCAAGAGGAGGAACCAAGCACGGGAGCAACAUGCCCAAGGACUUGAACUUCCAGAUAUGUCUCUAAGACGGAAGCUUCAGAAUGCUCGAGACAUGGCUAAGGGGAAUGUUGUUGGCAACAAGAAGGUUGUCUAUAGUACCAAAGAGGACUCAAUUUAUCAAAACCUAGAGGCUGAUGAAUGGGAUCGGAAAUUAUCUAGAGGGAGAAACUUGAAGGUUAGGGGAAUAAUAAAGAUUGCAAAGAUGAAGUCCAUUGGCAACAAUAGCGUUGCCUCAUUUGGUCAAGAUAUAGAUGCAAAGGAAUUGGAGCAGGAAAACUCAGACAGUGGAAUUGGGGAGAACUGACUAAAAUGAUACUACAAACAAUUAGUUAUAAUGCUGACAAAAUCGAGAGGGAUGAGAGGGAGAGGUAAUGUAAAGUUUAUGAAGAGAAUUGGCAUGAUAUCACACGACCUUUCCACACUUACCCUAAAGAUGAUGGUAAUAUGCAGGAGCGUUUUUGCUGUACUCUGAUUUUUCCUAGGAUUUGUGUGCAACAUAUUUUUACCCUUUAUCAGCUUCAUUUGGAGGCUGUGAAGCGGGAGCCAUGCAGAUGGCCAGAUUUGGGGAUACUAUUUAUUGUCUUAUUUUCCUCUGCUUUUUUUGGCUUAUAUAUGAUAUAUCCAUCAUGAAGUUGUCAA